UUGGGGGAAAACCCACACAGUCUACACCCUCUUAGCGUCAUGUAGAAAUGACAUGAUUUAUUAUCAGCACUGCUCCAAAGAGAUUUAAUUUUUACUUUUUUGUUUAACUUCAGCUUUUGUUGCGCGGCACAUACAUGGAGCCUGUAAAAAGUUGUAUUUGUAAUACCUGAAGAUCUGAGCUCUUCGCGUCUGCUUUUUAUCAACCGGGCUGUGCAUUCCUCCAUUGAACGUUUUUACUUGUCAUUUGUGAGGGAAAAUGGGCUGUUGCAGCGGGCGAUGCACAUUGGUCUUUCUCUGCGUUUUACAGCUGCUUGCAGCGCUGGAGCGGCAGAUCUUUGAUUUCCUGGGUUACCAGUGGGCCCCCAUCCUUGCAAAUUUUUUGCACAUAAUCAUUGUUAUUCUUGGCCUCUUCGGAACCGUUCAGUAUCGGCCCAGAUACGUUGUCGUGUAUGCUGUUUGGACCGCGCUGUGGGUCGGCUGGAACGUGUUUGUCAUCUGCUUUUACCUGGACGUAGCGGGCCUCACCAAGGAAAUGGAUAUCAUGACCUUUAACAUCUCUCUGCACCGAUCCUGGUGGCGGGAACAUGGGCCAGGCUGUGUGAGGAGGGAGGCCCCGCCCCCUGACCCCUACAGCCCCCAUGACCUGCAGGGCCACGCCUAUAUCUCCGUCACAGGCUGCAUGGUGGAGUUUCAGUACCUGGAAGUGAUGCACUCUUCCUUCAGCAUCCUGUUGGCUCUGGUUGGGUUUGUGUUUGCCUGCUAUGUGAUCAGCGUGUUUACAGAGGACGGGGACAGCUGUCGGUACUGACUCUGACUCCCCUGCAGUUCCGCUUUUCUUUCCUGUACAUUUCCAAUGUCCUGGUAACGUCCUGGUAACGUCCCAGCAGCGUUCCAGCUUGCUUUCGCCUGCUCCAUUACCAUCCUCACUCAUCCAGAAAAUGUGUUUACCUUAUACGAGGGGUGAAUCUGUAAUACCUGUCAGCUAAUGCAAACACAGAAACACACAGGAUACACACCUGUCUGCGUCUACUGUCGUGUGGGUCUGAGUAAGCCCUAAACCAAUUACCCUAAGGUGAUAACUACAGUCGCCUUGAACCGAAUUGAAUUACAGCUACUGCUGAACAGCCCUCAGUCAUUUUUUAUGUAUUUCCACAUUACAAAUUUAAUUCAGACUUUGAAAGCCAUUUUUAAGCCCAGCUAGCACUGUGAGAAAUACGACAGGUAUUCCUGUGUGUGUCUACACCCAGGAUGUUUCAUGUGUGUGGCUUUGCCUAGGUGUGUGUUUCAACUGGAUCUUAAGCCUCUUCAUGCUGUUGUCCGGUAUUCACAGGGGGUCAGGAGCAGCAAACACUUCUUUUACAGUCAAAACUGUCCUAACUUUAAAACGAAAAACACAAACUCACGAUUCAGAGCAUAGCAAAUUAAGAAUCUCUCAUCAAUUCCAAAAAUUAGCAUUUUAAAAGGCUCAGGUCUUUGUUUACAAACAGUGGAGCACUGCACUAUGGGAUUGCUGACUGGAAUCAAAGUCUCAAUUUCUAAAGGGUUUUUGAUUGUUCUCGAAUCCAGGGAUGUGGAUUUAAUGGUCCUUCAUUUGCAUUAAUGAAUUAAUAUUAAACUAAAGGCCUUAGUUUCAAGCACAUUUAAUUUGUAAUUGUAAAUUAUAAAAGUAAGCAAUUUUGAACCAAAUUAAAUCUUUUUCAUUUCUCAUUCUUUAUUCCCCAAUGUAGCUUCUCUAGAAUCAAAUACAAGAAACUGAAAUAAUAUGAAAAAACACAAGAGAUGGAACUAGCCCUUUAAUCACAGUGCUGCUGUGUUUAAUGUGUUUUUGUAUUUUUUGUUAUUACAUGAUUAUUUAAUCCUCACCGUCUCAUUUUAAUGUCACUAUCUGCUGCAUUCUUCAGGCAAAUGCAGAUUUUAUUUCUUUACUUUCCAAUGUUGUCAUCUUUUUAUAAGCACCCCCAAAUACAGAGUAUUUCACAAACUUUAAAAAGCCAUGUCAUUGUUGUUUUCUUCAAAACAUUUGAAAACUUUAAUACUAAGGUUCCUCUUUAGUUUUACAGUUGGAACAGGCCAUUCUUAAAGGUGCUAUAUUAACUCUGUACCCCAUUGUUAAGCUGUUGUUUCAAGCGUAAUCGCCAAGAGACAUUUAGGCUUACUGCUUCUUGAUAACGGGGCAUUCAAAGGGCAUUCAAACAGAAGAACAGAGAGGAGUGGGUGAAAGUCUGUUUGAUCUGGAACCUGAGCACUAAAGCCAGGGGGCACUGUAUGACAACACAAACUUAGAAGGCUGAUGAUGCCACCUGGUGGUCUUAGAAGACAUUACACAACACUUUUUUGCGGCUCAGGGGUUAUUCUAUAAAGUCUAGCCUACAGAGUCUGUGCCCACCCCACUAAAUUGGUGAAUGCUUGACACCCUUAUCCAACACCAACUACAGCCUGCAAUGCAUUAGCUUGCAUAUACACUCAGUGAGCACUUAAUUCGGUAUUUCUGAGACUCAUUUUGUAGACUUAUUGGUCUUCUGCUGCUGUAGCCUAUCAACCUAAGAGGUUUGAUGUGUUGUCUGUUCAGAGAUGCUCUACUGCAUACCACUGUUGUGAUGCGUGGUUAUGUCUGUUACUGUCACUGUCCUGUCAGCUUUGACCAGUCUGGCCCUUCUCCUUUGACCUCUCUCAUUAAUAAGGCAUUUUUGCCCGCAGAACUGCUUGCCACUGGAUGUUUUUUGUUUCUCACACCAUUCUCUGCAAACUCUAGAGACUGUUGCGCAUGAAAAUCCCAGAAGAUGAGCAGUUUCUGAGAUACUCAAACCAGACAGGGUGUCUGGCACCAACAAUCAUUGCACUAUCAAAGUCACUUAGAUCACAUUUCUUCCCCAUUCUGACAUUCAGUCUGAAAAACAGCUGAACCUCUUGACCAUGUCUGCAUGCUUUUAUGCAUUUAGUUGCUGCCACAUGAUUGGCUGUUAAAUAUUUGCAUUAAUAAGCUGGUGUACAGGUCUACCUAAUAAAGAGCUCAGUGAGUUUAUAACAUCUGCAGUAUACCAUUAGUGGAGGUGGACUUUCUUGUACAAAAUACCUGCUUGCAGACCACCCACAUUGUACAUUGGUGGUGGUAGAAGGGAGUCACCAUCCCCCAAGAACACACACACACACACACACACACACACACACACAGUAAAUCACUAAGAGAAUAUUGCUAUAUAUCCUCAUCAUUAUCAUUAGCUCAUUUAGCACUGCACCAAACACCUGAUAUCCCGACCCAAAGAAUGCUUAAGGACUGGGGUUCAAUGGAACAUGUUAUACAAUGUGAUGUGUUAUGAACCAUACAGGACCACAUUUUAAGCCCCCGUUAUGGGCUAGGUUGGGGGGUGGGAGUUAAUUGCAUUGACAUUAUGAACUGGCUUAUUAAGGCAAGUAAUAGCUCAUUGUGACGUGGGCUCCAUGUAUAUUUUGAUGUAAAUAGGAAAUGAGACUGCAUGCAUGUGAGCUGUGAUUUUGUCCUGAAAAAACAUUUUCCCAGACAGGAUUAGACACACUCAUUUUCCAUGUCUUGUUAGCUCAAAUGUGGCAAGUUGUGUCCUCACCUAUAGGGAUCCACAAGUACACAAUCUGUACCUCACAAUUUAAAUAUGCCAUUGACAUUUCCCUUUUAUCACAUUUUUUAAACACUGCCAGGUAAAUGUACUAAAACUGUUUUAUUUCCCCUUUUAACGAAAUACGUCUGUGUUCAUUCACUCUCUGGAUAAAUUAUAUUUCAGUGUCUGACCACUUUUAUGUAAAACACAUGAAUAUUCAUUCUUACCCUCUGUAUAAUCUGGACAUUUUUAUGUGAUUUGAAAAGUUUUUUUUCCAUUAGUUUUUUUUUGUGUGAAAGACAGUCAUUUUUUACUGAGCAAAGCAGUUCCUGCUAAAGUGUUGAUAACAAAA